AUGCUCGCAGCGCAACUCACGGCCUUCAACACCGCGCCUGUCGUCCAAACGACCAAAACCCCUUCCACCUCCGAGUUGGGGCCCCACGACCUCCUCCUCCGCACCGCCGUCGCCAGCCUCUGCCACACCGACCUCAUGGUCCAAGCGGGGUUCAUGCCCCUGAGAAACGGCCUGCCCAUGACGCUGUCGCACGAGGGGACGGGCGUGGUGGUCGCCACCGGCGACGCCGUCCCAGAGGAGGAGUUCAAGGUCGGCGACCGGGUCAUGUCGGGGAUCACGUUCCGGGGGUGCGGGAAGUGCGAGAACUGUCUGGCCCCGCUCGAGCGGGAUUGGCGACAGUAUUGUUUCGCGGCCGAGGGGGCCACGGGGGUCGUGACGGACGGGGCGUUUGCCGAGUUUCACGUCGUCGAUGCGCGGUCGAGCUGUAAAGUGCCUGACGAGGUGGGCUUUCUCACUGCCGCGCCGCUGGCCUGUGCGGGCGUCACGGUCUAUCGCGCCUUGAAGGUCAGUGGGGUCGUCGCGCAGCAGCGACAAGCGCCGGAGGGCGAGGGAGAGGAAGGGGGAGGGGGAGGGGGAAGAUGGAUCGGCAUCGUCGGCGCGGGCGGCGGCCUGGGCCAUUUCGCCGUCCAGUUCGCCAAAGCGGCGGGCCUGACGGUCGUGGCGGUCGAGGCGCGCGACGAGGCCCUCGCCGUCGCGCGGAAAUACGGCGCCGACCACGUCCUGGACGCACGCGCGGGUUCGGAAAAGGUCCUCGCGCAGGUCCGCGCCAUCACACCCGGCGGCGCGGGCGUCGACGCAACCAUCAACGUCAGCGACCACGCCUCGUCCGCCGCGCUGGCCGCGUCCAUGACCCGCUCGCACGGCACGGUCGUGCAGACCGCGCAGCCGCCCGAGGUGACCGUGCGGUUCGAGGACAUUGUCCUCCGCGACGUCACCAUCAAGGGCACCGCGCACGGCGGCAAGACCGUCGCGGACGAGAUGCUCGCGACGGUGGCGCGCCAUGGCGUCGUGGCCGAGACGCAGGUCUUUCAUGGUUUGGAGGAGGUGCCGAGGAUGUUUGAGUUGCUUCACAAAGGGGAGGUCAGGGGGAAGGCUGUUUGUGUGGUUGCUGAGGAUCUUGUGUAG